AUGGUCCGGAAUCAAGAACCAGAAGAGUCACCUGUGUCUCCUGUACAUUCAAAUGAAAUUGCACAAAAUGCACAAGAGGCGAACACACCCACACAAUCGCCUAGGAUCCUUCCUGUUGAGCCUCAUCCCGAACUAGUAAAUGAACCUCUAGUGCACGGCACGGCAGACCAGAAAACCAAACUAAAGGACAGAGAAAAUCCGUCCAUAUGGCAGCUUAUCUCGAACAUAUUCAUCUGGGAGGUACUAGCUAUGGUCUUAUCCUCGGGUGUUCUAGUCGCGAUCGUUGUGAUCUUGACACAAUAUGAUGGUCAUCCUCAACCGGCCUGGAGGUUAAUGUCACUGAACUCGGUAAUCUCCUGGUUAAGUACUGUCUCGAAAGGGUGUGUCUUAUCCGCUAUCAGCGAGGGAAUAGGACAGCUGAAGUGGGUAUGGUUCACACGAAAGAGUCGACCCUUAGUUGAUCUGGGUGCCUUCGAUGGGGCUAGCCGCGGGAUAUAUGGUUGUGCGGGCUUAGUUUGGAAACUACGGGCAAGACAUUUUGCAGCCCUGGGCAGUCUAGUCGUUAUCCUCGCCAUUGCCUUUGACCCUUUCAUCCAAAAUUUGAUCCACUACUACCCUAAACUCAUUGCCGAUUCCUCGGGGACUGCAAUCGUGUCGAGCAACGUUAAAUACGAUGCUAUAGGUCCUAUAUUGGAAACUGAUAAGACUGACCAAGACGUCAAAAGACCUGCUUCAAUCGAGCCGAUGUGCUCUGUUUCGAUUCAAGGCGGCACUAGUAACACCAAUAAUAUCUCCGCGGCUUUCCAGUUGAAUACAUACAAGGGCACCCCGAUCGUGAUAGGAUCGACAGACAGUUUCAUCUACACAAAAAGCCUCAUCCCUGCUAUCCAACUUAUCGCCCCACAUGACCUACCAGAAGGCCAAGUGACAUGGAAAAACACCUUUUCGAAGGGUUUCAAAUGGGAGGCCAUAGAAUGCAGCAUUGAACCUGUUGUGCACAGCUUCCGCGCGAACGUCACCAAGGGCGUUUAUCACCAAGAAACACUGGGCAUUUCGAAGAAUGGAUCUUUCGACAACUCGAUCCACAAGAACUACCACAUGCAUCCCCCUUGGGACCAGAGAUGGGCGUUGAGCCAAACAAAGACUUUGUGA